AUGGCUGGGGACUUGAAGAGUUUAGUGCUGGAGAAAGCAGAGCUCCUUUCGGGUCGUUUAAAGGAGCUCGUGUAUUCGGGACAGGGCUUUGUCCAGACCCAGUUCGGGGUGGACCUGGGUCUGAAGCCCGAGCUUUACCCGACCUGGGUCAUUCUGUCCACGGCUGCCGUUGGUCUCCUGCUGCUUCUCGCCGUUUCCUGGGCCGCCGUCUGCGGGAAGAAGCGAGGGUCUCCGUCCAACCGAGUCUGCGGCGAGGGGGAGCCAGGCAAGGACGACCCCAUCAAGAGUGUCAAACCAGAGGAGCACAAGAAGAGGAGCAAGAAAAAAACGACCGAAAAGAAGUCUCAGUCCAAUGGACAGCCUGUGGUUGUGGCUCAAGAGGAGGUCAAAGAGACUGUGACAGUUUCCAAAAUAUCCCGACUGAUUAAAGCUGGGAAGGUAUGCGAGGUACAGACCUCAGUUCAAGUGAAAAAGAGUAAGAAGAAAACCAAACCAGAUGUGAAACCAGUUCAACAGUCAUCUUCAAAUGAUGGGAGGGAACCUGAUGAUGGUGUGUGGGAGACCAAAGUCAGCAACCGGGAAAAGAGACAGCAGCGCAGGAAGGAAAAAGGCUCUGAGGAUUCAGGUAGCUCAGGAGGAGCUGACGCUCCAAAAACCAACAUGGAGGCGCCUGUAGCCGCCAAGAGGAACAAAGGAAACCAUGAGAACCAGCGUUCAAGAAUGACCAAGAAAGGGGAGGCAGCCAGCGGAACUGCUUCCUCCACAUGGAAAGCGGAGCCUUCAGUCACCGAUGGCAGCUGGUCUGAUGUGUCCUUGAAAGUCCCUGGUCAGAUGGGUCCUAUGGAGGGAACAAAGUGGACUCCCAUAACUGCGACUGCACAUUACAGACCUCAGACUGAUCCACAACCCUGGGCUCAGGAGCCACAAGCAGCAUGGAGCAACAUUAAUGGUGAUGGUCGGAUAAAGGCCACGUCCUUCUCUGUCCUAGGACGAAAUACGAGAGACUCGUUCUCAAAAUCAUCGGAGCUGCAGUGGACGAACCGCCCUGACGUUGAUGGUGAAUGGUCAGGAUUCAAUGGGAUGGCAGCAACAGAUCCCUCCUCUGACUGGAAUGCCCCAGUAGAGCACUGGGGAAAUUAUGAGGAACCACCUGUGCUGAUGCCAGCAGCUUCUCUGUCGAAGCCUCCUGCUGCCCUCAUCAAGGUAUCGGAUGAUGAGAAGGACUCGGAGGAUCCCUCCGGGGGAGCAGCGAAAUCUAAAAAGAGGAGGAAGAAGAAGAAAACAGAAGAGGAGCCCACUUUGGAUUCUCAGACACAGAGCCAAGCUCCCACAGUCAGUGCAGCAACCAAAACUCAAGAGCUUCCUGCGCCUCCCUCAAAAUUAAAAAACACCAGCAUGCCGUCCUCUCAGAAGAAGUCCGAGAAGUCUGUGGAGCCUCUGAAACCCUCUCAGAAGAAAAAGGUUAGAAGGGAAACUUGAGUUGACUUUCCAAGUUCAUACAAAGGAUAUGCAAAUGAUUGUUUGAAAGUUAGCCUGAGCAAUAAUCACCAGGUACCGCUUCUCUCUGCGGUGCAUCAAAUUUCCUCAGUUACAGCGGCAAAAUGAAAGCGAGCUGCUUGGCUAAACACUGUAUAGGAAAGACAUGCGGUCCUAUGGACUGGAAAUAGAACAAAUUUUGCACUAUAUGCCGCACUGCGACCGGAGCGGAGGAAGGAUUUUUUUUUUAACGAGGUAUAAGUUUAACGGCUCCAAAAAUGUUUUUGUUUUUCCUCAUUCUAGAAGAAUGUUUGUAUCUGUUGACCGCAAAUGAUAAAACUGAUUUUAUUUGUAUUUUUUGUUGUGAACAAUUUUCCCCUAUUUGAACCCUGAUGCACUUUGCUUUGUUUGCUGUCCUGCUGUCUUAUUUAUGAAGUACUAAAAUGUCCAGAAAGUGAAAGGAUAGACUUGAGUUUUGUUCAAAUUCAUCACAGCAAACUCACGUCACUAAUGGACUCCAAAAUGUCUUAUUUUCUGUAAUAAAUACGAAGUGACACUUCUCAUGGAGCCGUUAUAUUUGAUGAAGGACUCUUAAGGUUUAGCUAAAACUGAUGAAGCAUGUUUAUUUGUCGCAACAAAUAUUAAAUUGAGACUAAUAUGUAAGUAUUGUUUAAUGUAAUGUCCUAUUAGUCGGAAAAUUGUUUUUGAAGGAAGGACAGCUUUGGGUAUACGUCUUUGUUUCUGCAGGAAGAGCCCACGAUACACCUCACAUGUGACCACCAAAGCUAAGAAACACACUUUUUUUUAGUUUUUCAGCAUCAAAAUCUUGUUAGAAUGACAUCAACAUGUCAUUAAGUAAAUCAUAAAUAUUACUCUGUCAACACACAGCGCAUAUAUUCUGUUAUGUGACUCUCCAUUAAAUCAGAGCAGCCGCUUUGUUGUAUAAUUUCAGAAUGCCAGCUGUGACCGGAGUCAGUUUCAAUGGAGUAAAAAAAAAAAAAUCUAAAUUCCUUAGAUAAAGGCUAAUCUCCCUCUUCAGCAUCUAACUGUUCAUUUGUAUUUUCCUUAUAGUUGCUAAAAAAAAGAUUUUGAAAAGAUAAUAAAUUCAUUUUUUGGGGUAGAAACUUAAAAAAAAAAAAACACUUUAUGACUGCAGUAACUUAUAUAAACCACC